CAUAGAUUAUACACUUAAUAUAUGUUUGAAGCAAAUUGCAUCUAACAAACAAUUUUGUUUACAAAUUUCCAAGUUUUGGGAAUAAAAUGGGUUGUACUCAAAGUGAAAUAUCACCUCAAUCAACACCUCAUGAGACACCCAAGAAAGGCUGCACUGAUGUUCUGUGGCUAGUUAUUUACAUCGUGUUUUGGAUAUUGAUGCUCAUUGUGGCGUGUAUUUCAUUUAUUUAUGGAAACCCUCAGAGACUGAUAAAUGGAUUUGAUUCUUUCGGGAAUACAUGUGGCGUUAAAAGCAACAAGCAACUUAUGAACAAUUCGCUUUCUGGUAUUAACACUUUGGAUAAAAAAUACCUAUUUUUCAUGGACGUGAAAGAACUACGAAAGUCCUUAAAAAUUUGUGUAAAGGAGUGUCCCAACAAAAAACUAGAAUCUUUGGAUGAUAUCAAACAGUUUUACCGUCAAACUGGUUCAAACCUGUGCAACUAUCCUGUUAAUGUAAACACACUACCGAAUUCUGCAGAACUACAUAAUUAUUAUGGACCUUGUCCAACAUUGCCGGUAUAUGAGUCUUUUCCGCUGUUGAACAGAUGCUUUCCUAAAAAAGCUCAAGAUAUAGCCACAAAAGUAUUCAAAGACUUUUAUGAAUUGCUUAACAGUUGGGAUACUAUUGAACAAAUGCUAUCAGAUCUCUAUUCAUCCUGGAAAGAAAUGAUAAUAUGCAUUAUCGUAGCAUUUUUAUGCUCAUUGCUGAUGGUGUCAAUUCUUCACUUACUAGCCACUUUCGUGUCAUGGAUAUUUAUGAUAAUAGUAUCAAUAGUAAGCGUAGCCGGAACAGCCCUGCUUUGGUAUACUUAUCACGAACUAAGGACUAAGCAAAGAAGCUUUGAUGGCAGUUUCCUGGCUGAAUCAUUGAAGAAUGAAAAAGCAUUUCUUUGGUAUUCUAUAAUUGCAACAGUUAUAACUGUGAUUUUGUUAUUGCUCGUUUGGGUGAUGCGUUCGCGAGUUUCGUUCCUCGCGGCUCUGUUUCGAGAGACAGCUCACUGUCUUGGCUCGAUACCAGCAUUAUUCCUGCAACCAAUCAUUACUUUCCUAUUUCUUGUAGUGUUCUUUGCAUUCUGGUCUACGGUUGUGGUUUGUUUAGCUACAGCUAAUUAUCCUGGGAUUCCGUUUAAGUCAAAUUUCUUUGUCAACGAAACAGCAAAUAACAUUUAUCAAAGUGGUAGACCUGCAGAAGCUCUUAACGGUAUUUCAAAAGAUACUUUCAAAUCAAUUGAAUUCAGCCCGAUGUGGAUACACAGCAUGUGGUGGAUGUGUCUUAUAUCUUUAAUCUGGGGCAGUGAGUUCAUACUUGGUUGUCAGCAGAUGACCAUAGCAGGGGCUGUUUCACAUUGGUAUUUCAGGGGGGAAAACUCACAUCCAUCACCCGUCCUAUAUUCCAUAGGGAAACUGUUGAAAUACCAUUUGGGAUCUGUGGCGAAAGGAUCAUUUCUGAUUACGCUAUUCAAAAUACCAAGGCUUAUAUUGACAUAUUUGCAUGCCAAACUGUCAGCGAGUGCUGAUAAAGGAUCGGAAUGUGCGAAAUGUGGUUUGAAAUGCGGCAUCUGCUGCUUCUAUUGCCUGGAAAAGUUCAUACGAUAUCUGAAUCAUAACGCAUACACUAUUAUCGCGAUCGAGAGAUGUCACUUCUGCAAAGCUGCCGGCAAGGCCUUCAGUACAAUAGUGAACAACGCAUUGCAAGUAGCCACAAUAAACAGUAUCGGCGAUUUCAUACUGUUCCUCGGGAAAUGCAUAGUGACGGCGGUGACCGGCAUCGUGGGCCUCCUGCUGCUCAAACGAAACUCUGACCUGCAUUUCUUUGCCGUUCCAACUCUUGUUAUAUGCAUUUAUUCGUUCUUCAUAGCGCACUGCAUUCUGUCCCUAUACGAGAUGGUGGUCGAUUCCUUGUUCCUCUGCGUGUGCGAAGAUCGUAAUAUGAACGGCGUUGAAGGUAAAUGGAAGAGUUCAAGAUUAGCGGAACUCGGCGGUCAUAAGAUCAGUAAAGUCGACGACGAAGCCGACGGAGCUGAGCUGCAGGACCUCAACGAAAAGUAUUGAUUUGUUAUUUUUGUUCUAAGCAUGAAACUGCCGCGGAUGUUUUGUAUCUUACAUAUUGUCGUCGUUGUUAAACCAAAAUCUGCUAUGUGCACUUUUUGACUUUUUCGUAUAGGUCACAGGCCUAUCUACCGUAUAAAAAAAAACUGUUAUGUGUCUAUAGCUUUAAUAUUUAUCUAUAGCUUUCAUUUGAUAUAGUUCUUAAAAAAAUCACCUUCAUAUAAAAUUUUAUACGAAAAUGUUUUUACUCGUUAAUUCAAUAUAAAGUUUUUGCACAUAGCAGAUUUUGGUUUGACAGCAACGGUGUGCUAGUUAGUGGAUGUGGGAUCGUUUUGUUCUUAAUAAUUUAAUUUUAUAGGCAGCUAUCUUGAAUGUUUAUUUUAUGUAUGCAGUUAUAAGACUAAAAUAAGCAUAGCUUCGGUAUUAGCGAGUCGUAGAUAAUUAAAAGUAAUUUUACGGUUUAAUUGUGGGAUUUUUCGUAAUUACGGACGAAUGAUCGUGAUCACUUUAUACUGCAAAGUAUAGUAUCGAAAUGUCGGAAAUCAUAUUAUAAUUAUUUAAAAAAAAUAUGGAUGAUUAAAACGUAAAACUAGUUUUUAUUAUAAAUGGUCAUACAAAGAAAUAGUUGAGGUGAAUGAUGAAAUGACAAACAAAAAUCAUUUCUUUAUUUUGAUCUGGAACCGUAUUUUUUUUAAAAAAAUGAGCUUGAUUAAAUUUUUCGAAUUUUCACUUGUACCUACUGUGCACAGUGCGUGCUACUUCCGAAGUUAAACUUCAAAAAUAAUAACCGGUUCAUACAGUUCUUCGUUUCCGUCCAUUUUUUAAAGAUACUUCCAAUAUUUUAUAUCAUUUAAAUACCCUUUGUCCAUGAUUAUAAUAAGCUGCUAUUAAAAAUAGUUUAAUAAGGUAGUUUGUGUCUUGUUGAAUUUGUGAAGCUUAAUAGUCUAUCUGUUUAUCUUGUGUCCGUUUUAUGUGCAAGAAUUUUAAUGGGUUAGCUUGGUCAAAAGAGCUUAAUAUAUUUUGAAUGAAUACAGUAAUUUAUCUAAUGCGCAUUAUAAUCGUUUAUUAACAUUCAUAUUUAUUUCUAAUUGAGUGGCUUAAUGUGUUUACGAUAUUAUUUGAAGCUUGCUUGUGACCAUAUUUAUUUAUUCAUAACACAACUAGCAAAUUGUAAUUUUGAUGAUCCCGAGGUAUGAAUACCAAAACUUUUCUUUAAACGAAUUUUCAACAAAAGCUAAGCAUCGAUAACAUAGUAUCAAUGUUAUCUAAAUAAUGUAGUUGCUGUAUAAAUAUAGAAUUCCGUUAACACGCUUUUAAAAAUCAGUAACUGUUCAGGAAUUGAAACAAUUGAAUAAAAAAUCUCACAUCGCACCGUAUGGAAAAUUUAACUGAUCAGAUGCUUACAUGUUAUUGGAAUGUUUCGAUGAAGACGCGAUAUUACUUCCAUUGAGUUGUUGAACAUCUAUUUAAUUUCUGAAUUCAAAAUUAUUUUGGUCAUAACAAGCUAAGUAAGACCAUGGUUUGAAGCCAUUUCCCAUCUUACCAUAAUCUAUUGAGCUCUUGUAGUAUUUUAUUCAGAUAUUAUAUAUUUAUAACCUAAUACUGUUUCCAACCAUUUUGCUGGUGAAAGAAAAGAAGUAUCAUUGUUGGUUGUUUUAUUGGGUGCAUUGUUUGUAAUUUUUUUAUUAACUUUUUUGUACGUAGUAUUUGAAUGUGGUAGAAUAUAUUAUAUUAUUAAUCGAUAAGGCAAUACCUUUACUUAUUGCAGAAUCAAGUCAAAUUCAUCUAUGCCAGUUUUAACUUUUAUUGACAAUAACUUCGAGUUAAUAUUUUGCAUAGAAUACCGAUUUACUCAGUCGCCUUUAAUAAAACCAAUCGACCAUUUUGAUAGUUCUAAUAUUUUUGUAAGACAAUUUGUGUUUGUCUUACUUUUAAAUGUUAGUAGAUAAAAUCUUUGUUUCCUCUAGUUAGAAUCGUGUAUAAAAAAAUUUAACUUUUUUACAGGUAACAAUCUCACCUUAGAAGUAUAUUAAAUCGCUUUCUAUGAAUUUGAUGUUAGAUUAACUUGAAUCUAUGUAGCACACUAUUGUGUCUUUUGAAGUCGUUUAUAUGUCCACAAUUUACUAUUUUAUGGUUUAUAUAAUUUACAUUUACAUUUUUAACCGUUUUUUUAGUUUUUAACUAUAAAUUGUUUUUAAAUGUUAUCUACCGCUAUUUUGAAAAUGAUUAAUAAAGUUACAAGCACAUUAAGUACAAAUAUUUAUUGAAACAAACUUAGUUGUAACUGGUUGUCAUUUUGAAACUUUUACUAAGAAUACUCAUAAUAACUUGCAAUAAUUUUUAUAUUAAUUUUCAAUAAGUAUUACUAUUUGUAUUUUACAUACUGUAAGCCAAUUUAAUUACCUGUAGUGCUCUCGUGUGUUACUUGUUAAACAUUUAGUAACGUAAAUGUUUAAUAUUUGCCUUAAAUUCUCAAAAACUAGUAUGUAAUGUAACGUCACGUAUGAGUAGUAUGAAGUGGUUUGAUUGUUCCGUGACAAGGGCGAAUGUAAUCAAAACAAUAUCAUGGAAAUUGGUAUCUUGUAUUUUAGUUUUUAAGUAUCUCAUUAUAUUUUUAGUUUUUAAGUAUCUCAUUCUUUUUUUAGUUAACUUUUAUUGAAUGUACUAAUUUGUCUCACAAUUUACUGACCUUCUUGACACGAACUAGAUUUAAUCAAUUUUAGUACAUUUAUUUUGUUAUACGUACACUAUGUAAUUAUUUGCAAAUUGCUAAAAUAAAACUUGUUCUUUCUAGGCUUUACACCUACUGAGGCAUUGUCAAUCAAUCUCUAAAAUUAAAUAUACCUUUUGUAUUUACAUUUAACUAUUACCUGACCAUUAAGUAUAAAUGUUUGAAUAAAAGAAUCAUCUCGUGUACUUUCUAACGAAGUCUUACGAUAAUCAAAGCUUUAAUGUGUCAAAGAUAAAGGUUUAAAAUUUUAUAUUUUGCUAGAAUUUUCUAACUAUAGAUUGGCAGACGUUCCCGAAGCUCAUAUGGUGUCCGUCCGCUGUCCAUCAGUCAGAGCAAUGGUCAUCAUAACUCUGAGACAAAAGUUUGAAUAGCACCAGACACUGAAUCAGAUUGACCUGUUAAAAAUGAGCCAUGUAACUAACUGCUAAUGGUCGCGUAUUUGCCUUUCUCCAAUAUGGAUAUUAUUCUCGUCUAAUUAAAAGCUUUGUUUCUUGUAAUUAGCAUUUAAAGUAACUUGACAAGACUUUUUUAAUUGAGAAUUGUGUGGAUCGCGAACGACUAUAUUUUCAAUUUUAUUGUAUUAUGGGUUGCCUUCGCAGCGCCCUCACAGAAACGUCACUUCAAUUUUAUCAACUUGCAGAGUAAUAUAUUUACAUAAAAAAACCAAUAACAAAGGUGGUUUUGAAGGCUUGAUUAUAAAAUUAGAAAACAUUUUCUACGUAUUGACAGUUAGUUCCUUAUCGAUGUAAGGUUAACUGAUUAAUUAAUUUGUUUAUGCUGUAUUUAUUAUGAAAAAAGAACAUCAUAUUCCUAACCUAAAAGUACAUGUUAUUAUCGGCAACAUGCUUCCUCAGUUUACAGAAAUAGAGUUAUCAGCAACAUGCUUCGUCAAAAAGUACAAUACUUACUUUCAGCUACAAGCGUCGUUAUUAUAUUUAAAAUAGUUCUAACAGUUUUAAAAUAAGAAUUAAGUUUUAUAACAAAAUGAUUUUAUUUAAAAACAGUGUUAGAUUUGAAGGAUAGGAUAACCGUAAUACAAUCUAAUUGAAACUUCAACCUCAAGUAUAACGCUGAUGGCGGCAUUCUCGUUGUAUCUACGGGCCCGGUAACCAUUUGUCACCAGGAGGGUUAUGAGCUCGUUCGUUCUACUAUGCAUUUGAAAAGAAAAGGAAUCAAUAAUUAAAAUUGUUUGUGAAUAAUGUUGCCGAGGUUGAUAUAAAAUAAUGCCACAAAUGAUACAUAAGUAUUAAAUCAUAAAUAUCGAAUUGGGCCUUGUGAGCUAUUUUAUUGUGUUGUAAAUUUUGAAAAUUGCAUUAAUUUAAAUAGAGAGAAGAUAAUACUUCAAAAUGUGACUAAUUAUUUUAUUGAGAAUAUUGUGACGUUUGAGGGUACAUACAUUUUAUUAUUUUUUGGAAUAUUUUAUUACUGCCAGCUCUUGAACUAUAUUUAAUUUAGAAGUAUUUUAAUAUAAAAGUAUUUAGCACCUGAUUGCUUUUAUGGUAUUUUUCACAAAAUAACAUUCACGUGUGUGAAAAUGUGCUUUAUUUUAUAAAAUAAUAAAAAUUUACAUUUUAGAA